GAGGUCACGCAUGCGGCGAGGAGGAAGAUGGCGGCGCCCGUGGAAGUCUGUCACGUUGCGUGCUGCGCCAGUCGGGCAGGCGGCGGGGCCGUGGCCUGGGGGCGAGGGGGGCUCCUCGCCUUCGGCAGCUGCCGCGACGUCAUCCUCUACGAGCCGGUGAUGAGGCGGGUGGCCGCCGCCCUCCGCGGGCACGGCGGCAGGGUGAACUGCGUGCGCUGGGUCCGCCGGCGGGACGGCGCUUCUGAAACAGAGUUAAUUUCUGGUGGCUCUGAUAAACAACUCAUUCUUUGGGAAUGGAAGGGAACAGGAGCAUGGAAUGAUCAGCUUGUGAAAAGCGUUCCUCUCAAAGGCCAUGCUGAAGCUAUUUGUGCUGUGGAUGCUGUCUACCAGUCAGAUGAACCUGAUUUAAAUCUGCUAAUAGCUUCUGCAGCUUCUGACUCUACUGUGAGAAUCUGGUCUCGGCAAGGUUCAGAAGCUAAAUGCAUUGAAAUUCUGCAGUUUGGAAAUGGAUUUGUUAUGGAUGUCUGCUUAUCUUUCUUGCCUGGCAGCAAUGUACCAGUACUGGCUUGUGGUGGUGAUGACUGCAAAAUAAGUUUGUUUAUACAGCAGAAUGAUCAGUUUCAGAAAAUGUUAAUGCUCCCUGGCCAUGAAGAUUGGAUAAGAGGCAUUGAGUGGGCAGCCUGUGGUGCAGACCUUUUCUUAGUGAGCUGUUCUCAGGAUUGUUUGAUCAGGGUUUGGAAAGUGUGUACAAAAUCAAAGCAACUUCCAGAAACUGAAGAUGAUUCCAUAAGACUGAAAGAGAAUGUUUUUACUGUCAAAGAUACUGAUACGACAUACGCAAUUACUUUGGAGUCGGUGUUGGCUGGUCAUGAAAACUGGGUGUAUGCAGUUCACUGGCAACCUUCAUUUUUCAAAGAUGGCAGCAUGCAACAACCAAUGCGGAUAAUGUCUGCAUCAAUGGACAAAACUGUGAUCAUCUGGGAACCUGAUAAGGAAUCUGGAGUCUGGCUAGAACAGGUGCGUGUAGGUGAAGUGGGUGGCAAUACCCUUGGAUUUUUUGACUGCCAGUUUAGUCCAGAUGGUUCAAUGAUAGUUGCUCAUGCUUUUCAUGGAGCAUUACAUCUUUGGAAACAGGCUACAGGUAAUAAGAAAGAGUGGACUCCAGAAGUUGUGAUUUCAGGACAUUUUAACAGUGUAGAGGAUGUACAGUGGGACCCAGAAGGAGAAUUUAUCAUCAGUGUUGGUUCUGAUCAAACUACUAGACUCUUUGCUCCAUGGAGAAGGAAACAAGAGACAGAGGUAACGUGGCAUGAAAUUGCAAGGCCUCAAGUACACGGGUAUGACAUGCGUUGUCUGGCGAUGAUUGGCCGGUUUCAGUUUGUGUCAGGAGCAGAUGAAAAAGUGCUUAGAGUUUUUUGCUCUCCCAAGAAUUUUAUAGAAAAUUUCAGUAACAUCACUGGUAUUCCAGUGGAGAAGCUGUGCUCCCACCAACCAUCUGAUCUUCCAGAAGGUGCAACUGUGCCAGCUUUGGGAUUAUCCAAUAAAGCUGUUUUUGAAGGCGAUAUGGCUGUUCAACCAGCUGAGGAUGAAGAAACAUUUAAUACCAUUUCGAAUCAGUAUCCUGAGGUUUAUUUUCAACCCUUGAUCCUUACAGAACCUCCCCCAGAGGAUCACUUGCUGCAGAAUACCUUGUGGCCUGAAAUUCAGAAGUUAUAUGGACAUGGAUAUGAAAUUUUUUGUGUUGCUUGCAAUAAUUCAAACACUCUAAUUGCCUCAGCAUGUAAGGCUUCCAAAAAAGAACAUGCAGCAAUUAUUCUGUGGAGCACUGCUUCUUGGAAGAAACUGCAGAGUUUGUCAUUUCACAAUCUGACUGUUACCCAGCUGGCAUUUUCUCCUAAUGAGAAAUUUUUAUUAGCGGUUUCUAGAGACAGGAAUUGGUCACUGUGGAGGAAAGAAGACUCAUCAGAGUCAGGACCAGUCUUCAGUUGCUGUGCGUACACAGACAAAAAUACAGCUGUUCACAGUCGAAUCAUUUGGUCUUGUGAUUGGACACCAGAUAGCAAGUAUUUUAUUACUGGCAGUCGGGACAAAAAGGUCAUUAUAUGGGGCAAUUGUGAUUUAUCUGUGAAUACUGAAGGGAAUAUGUUGGAUUCAAUCAGGCCUUGUUCAGCAGUGCUGGAUGCUGGGGAUUCUGUUACUGCUGUUAGUAUCAGCCAUGUGCUUACUCCUGAUGGAAGAUAUAUUAUUGCAGUAGGCUUAGAGAAUGGGAAGAUAACGUUGUACACAUGGAAGCAGAGUGGCCAAGAACCAGCACUAGCUGAUUGGACCACAUGUGUUGAGAUGAAUAACAGCCAAAGUCAUGCUCUUGCUGUGAAACGUUUAUGUUGGAGACAUCAUGCAGGCAGAGCUGGACAUAAUGAUCAGAACAACAGUGAGUGGUUGCAGCUUGCAAGUUGUGGAGCUGAUCACUGUGUUAAGAUAUUCAAUGUCAACAGAUUUGCUGUUUAGCAAAGGCAGCUGGCCUGUCUUUGCAGAAUGGAUUCACAACAUUUUAUUUCAGCUUUUAGCCAUUUUGGUUGUUGAAUUUUCUGCUUUCUGCUGUGGAAAGCAAAGCAUCUGACAUGUAACUUAUUAAAGCAACUUUUGUGGUA